UCUAAUGCCGCUUUCAGUACAUGCUAAACUUGGUUGUGUGUUUCAAAAGCGUUUGGGUUGGAUUGCAUUUUCUUUGAAUUUAUCUAUGCAGAUGCAGGUGGCAUGAAUUCCUUAUCGAAUCUGUUACUUAUAUUUUUAUUGUGGUAUAUAGAUCAGUUCAUUUAAAUCAUCUAGUUUAGACUGAUAUGCAAGUAUAUCUAAACACCUUUCGUUGAAGGUGUGAGAUUUCUUCUAUCGAUCUCAAUUCGAUUCAGUCGGUUUUCUUCCGAUUUUGACAACAGUGAGAGGCUUGGAAAACGGUAAACGGCUGUGUAUUGAGAACCCAGUAAACUGCACUUCACAAAUGAGGUCUAGUUGGGUCCAACGGCAGCAAAAUUCAAUGUCGGUAAAUUUCCAAGUCUCACCCGGCAUUCAAUGCAGGGAAGACUGAAACGGUCCAAAAGAAAGGAAGCAUUCGAGUGCCACAUCAAUCAUCCUUUACUCUUUUAACUCUUUUAGCUUUUGCUUUCUAAAUUGUCAGCUCAAGACAGGAACAGCAGAGGCGGCAGCAGCAGAAUCACAGCCCUCAGGAUAUUCAACCGGCAGUCAAAAAGAGGAAAAUAUGUGAUCGCCCGGGCUUUAUUAAAUAAUCGGAAAAGGGAAGAAGAAGAAAUCGGGGGAAGAUCAGAACUCUCUCUCUCUAUCAUUUGCUGGGGAGCAAGAAGUGCCUUGGUUCCUCUUUUCCUGUAAAAAGGAAGAGUUUGUUCAGGCCAGGGAUUUGGUAGGGUUUAUCAAGUUCGGUUCUGCAUAAUGCGACAACUGAGGAUCUUAGGUUUCAGAGCUACUGUUCGCUCACUUGAUUGGUGCGUUCGCUCACUUGAUUGAAAAUUUUCAAGCUGGGUUUGAGAUAGAAUCGUGAUAGCUGUAGAUGGUGUUGAGCUCUUGAAAAGGAGAAAAACAGAUGGAGGAGAUACAUGCUUCUUCAGAUCAUUACAGAUCAUCAUCUUCAUCGGCUAGUAGUCCUCCUAGCAGAGUGCCUUCCUCUUUCAUCUAUGUCCGCAAACCCGCCUCUUUCAGGCAACCAAUCUCUUUUGAAGAUUCCCCUGAGUGGGAUGAUGCAGAAAUCGAUCAACCAGAGGAGACUACUGACUCAAUCAAUAUAGUCACGGCAUCUCCGUCACUCUCAAAGAUGAACAGUGGGUCCAUACAGUCUCCUCCAUUGCAGGAUAAUGCCAUUGUGCCAAGAAAGGUAGCAGGCGCUUCACUUGUGUGGAAGGAUCUCACUGUGACUGAAAAAGGGAAGAGGAAAUACUCUGAACAAGUUGUUAAGAGUUCCACCGGGUAUGCACUUCCAGGAACACUAACGGUUAUCAUGGGACCUGCAAAAUCUGGAAAAUCGACUCUUUUGAGGGCAAUCGCAGGGAGAUUACCAAGAUCAGCAAAAGUAUAUGGGGAAGUGCUGGUAAAUGGACGUAAAACAAGAUUGCAGUACGGAACAUACGGUUAUGUUGAGAGAGAAGAUGCUUUGAUAGGAUCCUUAACUGUCCGAGAAAUGCUGUAUUAUUCUGCAUUGCUGCAGCUUCCAGCUUUCUUUUCUCAAAAAAAGAAUCUUGUAGAAGAAGCCAUCUCAGCAAUGUCAUUAGGGGAUUAUGCUGACAAGCUCAUUGGUGGCCAUUGUUAUAUGAAGAGACUUGCAAAGGGUGAGAGAAGACGAGUGAGCAUUGCUAGGGAACUCGUCAUGAGGCCGCAUGUACUGUUUAUAGAUGAGCCCCUUUAUCAUCUCGACAGUGUAUCAGCACUGCUUAUGAUGGUAACCUUAAAGAAACUGGCUAGCUCAGGGUGCACAAUUUUGUUCAGCAUGUACCAAAGCAGUACCGAAGUAUUUGGGUUGUUUGACAGAAUUUGUCUUCUAUCAAAUGGAAACACAUUAUUUUUUGGUGAAACAUUGGCAUGCUUGCAGCAUUUCUCGAAUGCUGGGUUUCCUUGUCCCAUUAUGCAAAGUCCCUCUGAUCAUUUUCUACGUGCUAUAAACACUGAUUUCGACAGGAUUAUAGCAAUGUGCAAAACGUGGCAGGAUGAUCAUGGGGAAUUUUCAUCAGUUAAUAUGGACACUGCAGUUGCAAUCAGAACUCUUGAAGCUACUUAUAAAACUUCAAAUGAUGCUGCUGCGGUCGAAACUAUGAUCCUUAAGUUGACAGAGAAGGAGGGUCCACCACUGAAAAGUAAUGGCCAAGCAAGUUCUUUCACACAGAUUGCUGUUCUUACCUGGAGGUCAUUGUUAGUCAUGUCCCGAGAAUGGAACUACUUUUGGCUUCGAUUACUUCUUUGCUUAUUACUCAUGAUUUGUAUUGGUACAAUAUUUUCGAGACUUGGGCAUUCUCUUUCAUCAAUUUCGGUUAGAGUUGCUGCAGUGUUUGUUUUUGUGUCCUUUACAUCACUUGUGAGCAUUGCUGGAGUACCAGCACAAAUAAAUGAAAUUAAGAUCCACAUCUAUGAGCAAUCUUGUGAGCAUUCGGCAACAGGCGCUUUUGUUAUUGCAAACCUGCUCUCCAGCAUUCCCUUCUUGUUCUUGAUUUCAGUCUCCUCAAGUUUGAUAUUCUAUUUCCUCGUCGGAAUGCGGAAUGAAUUUGGGUUGUUCAUGUACUUUGUUUUGAACUUCUUCAUGGCUCUCCUAGUUAAUGAAGGUCUCAUGAUGGUUAUUGCAUAUAUUUGGCUGGAGCCACUCAAGGCCAUCCUAAGUCUGUUAUGUGCACAAGUGGUCAUGAUGCUUGUUGCAGGCUAUUUCCGACUCAGAAGUGAAUUACAUGAACCAGUAUGGAAGUAUCCAUUGUCUUACGUGGCAUUCCACACAUAUUCCGUCCAAGGACUUCUAGAAAAUGAAUAUAGUGGUACGUCUUUUGCUGUAGGGCAGGUAAGGACUAUUCCUAGUGUACAGGCACUUCGUGGCUCAUAUCCCAUAUCUUCUUCUCUAAAUGCAAAAUGGGAGAACUUGCUCUUCUUAUUUCUAAUGGCAGUUGCUUAUCGUAUCAUCUUGUUCAUUUUACUUCGCCUGCGUGUGCGGGGGAGGAUAGUUGCUUGUAAAUUUCAUAUGCCUCACAGUAUAAUAAAAAAAGCAAGGUGAAUAAAUGUGUGUUUUUUGCUAAUA